AUGGAACCAUACUCUAUUCGAAAAUCAUCCGGGUUUUCGCUUACCGGAAGAGAGAGAGAGAAGAACGAACGCGAUUCGAUUUUCGAUUUUGCCGAGAUUUUGGGGUCGAGAUUGAGAUUCGACGAACUCGCUUCAAUUUCUCCAAUCCCGUUGAAAUCCCGUUGCGAUUUCGAAGAACUCGAAGCCCUAACGCCGCCUCGCCGCCUCAAUCUCCGUCGCCUCGCAGCCGAUGCUGCCUCCUCCACUCACCACGACCGUUGUCGUCUCAGCCGUCCUGCACUCGCUCUCCGACCAGUCAAAACGAAGCUGGAUUCCGGAUCACCGGACCACCACCAUCAUAGGCGAAACCACCAUGCGAACUACUUGAUUCGCCCCGACGAUGAAGGCUCCGCCACUGAAGAACGUUGCGGCAAGGCAGGCGCUGCUAAAUGGAGAGUCCACCCACUGCCACCAUCCACAUAUCUCGGCCCUCGCGAGAUCCACUACGGCGUUUACUUCACGCCGUGA